CAUUUAUAAACAUAUAAAGUAUAGUAAAUAUUUUUUAAAAAUUUAUACUAUGAUUUUGUCAGAUAAACCGGCUUUUCUUGUCCAAAACCUUAAGGAAAAGUCACCGUUUAUAAGUAUAUAAUAUUUAAUAUUGAAUGAUGUACAAUAGUUAAAAUGUACUUUACGUAAGAAAAGGGUUUGAUUUUGCGAAAAAAUGCAAUUUAAGACACUUUAAAGCAUUUUAUUAGCAAUAAAUGGUGUUUUCACAAACAAGGACAAGAUUUCGUGGCUUGUCCCUAUUUAUGUACUUCAGCCGGCUGUCAAACGUAACCUUUUGUUUCUAGCAGUGUGAAAGCAGUGUGAAAUGAUGAAGUGAUGCAGUUCAUAUUGAUAUAUUACAGAAAAAAGAUUUAUAAUGAGCGGAGAGAUAAAGAAGAAAGUACGUAAGACGUACAGUGCAGAGGUUAUAAACAAAGCACUAGAAUUAAUAAGAAAUGGUGCAUCUAUUAACUCCGUUAGCAAAGCAUACAAUAUUCCGCGUUCAUCUUUGCAUAGCAAAGUAAUUCAGAAAUAUAAAUCUACUAAACCCGGUCCUGCUACAGUUUUUAAUGAAGAAGAGGAAAACGCUUUAGUGCAAUGGAUUUUACGCAUGUGUUCACGAGGAUGUCCAAUAACAAAAGAGCAUCUUAUUAACAGUAUCGCCAUAAUUCUAAAAAAAUCAAAGAAGCUACAUCCUUUUACUGACAAUCGUCCUGGUCGGCACUGGUAUGAAGGAUUCCUUCGUCGACAUCCUCAAUUAAAAACAAGAAUGUCUGAGAGUGUUACAUUUUCAAGAGCUUUAGUAAGUGAAAAAAAUAUUAGACAGUGGUUCAAAGAUAUUGCAAAUUUUUUAAAAGAAAAAAAGCUUGAAAAUAUAGAUUCUAGAAGAGUUUUCAAUGCAGAUGAGACUGCUUUGCUCUUAAACCCAAAGAGCGGAACUGUUCUUGCUGAAAAAGGGACAAAAAACGUGUACAACAUUAUUGGAAAUAAUGAUAAAGAAAAUGUUACGGUUUUAGUAACUGCUAAUGCUGCUGGAGAAUUAGCUCCAACAAUGAUAUUAUUUAAACUUGCACGAGUGUCGCCAACAAUAUAUUCCUCAUUANCAACAGAUUUCCAUAUUGGAAGAUCUGAAAAAGGCUGGAUGACAGCAGAGCUUUUUUAUGAAUACAUAGCUAAUAAAUUUUACCCCUGGAUUCUUAAAACUAAAAUCCAAUUACCUGUAGUGUUGUUCUUAGAUGGACAUGUGUCACAUUUGACACAACCUCUAUCCCAGUUCUGUUACAAACACGAAAUAAUAUUGAUCAUUUUUCCUGCACAUGCAACACACUUUCUACAGCCAUUAGAUGUAAGCUUGUUUGCUCCUUUAAAAGCUCAUUGGAGAAAACAUGUAAAUUCAUACAGGAUCGAAAAUGAAGUUUUAAGCGUGAAGAAAGAGAACUUUGCUCCUACAUUAAAAACAGUCUUUGAUGGCAUGAAUCUUCCUAAAAUUUUAGGAAAUGGCUUCAAAACUUGUGGACUACAUCCCUUUACACCUGAAGCACUAGAUUAUUCGAAAAUCUUUUUGAAAGAAAACAGACAACAACAAAGUGUAGAAAUCACUUCACAUGAUACAUCAUUUGUGCAGACUUUUGAAAAGUAUAUACCACCAACAACAUUACAAAAAUUUAAAGACAACAGUACAGAUUUCUGGACAGGCUCGAUUGAAGACAACAACCUUUUCUACGUAUGGAAAAGAAUAAUAAAUGAUUCACAUUUUAAAAAUCAAAUUGGACAUAGCUCUCAGAUUGAGCUAAAUGAUACAUCUACUGGAUUGCCUUCUCAGCAAAUAUCUUUUGAACCUGAUUUUAAUGCCAUAAGUGGAGCAGAUAGAGAGACAUGUAAUAAGGAAAAUGUGCANCCUCUAGGAAAAACUGUCGAAAAUAUUUCGAAAAAUGUACAACCUAUAGAAGAAAUUGUUGAAAAUAUUUCAAAUGCAGAAGUAAAUUGAGAUCAAUUCUAUUAAAUGUUUGAAUUAAAAGUCGCUGUUUUUGUGUGUUUUGAACAUGUAUUUCACUAAAAAAAUGUGUGAAUACAUCAAUCAAAGUAUUUGAUUUUCGGAAGCUAUGACUUUUUGUCACUUUUUUAGCAGAAGAAUUCUGCUAUGAAAGAACAAUCUAACUUUUGAGCCAAUCUAUCUAGAUGUCAACAGCGGCUUUCAAUACAAAUAUCUAAUUUUUCAAAUAUCUAUUUUUAUUUAACUUUAAUUUAAAUGUAAGUUUUACUUAAUUUCAAAUAAUUAUGCUGUAAGAUUUUUUAAAAGAUUUCUGCCAAUAUUUUCAAGCAGAAAAAUUUACAUAUAUCUAAUAUCUAAUUUUUCAAAUAUCUAUUUUUAUUUAAAUUUAAUUUAAAUGUAAGGUUUACUUAAUCUCAAAUAAUCAUGCUGUAAGAUUUUUUUAAAAAUUUCUACCAACAUUUCCAAGCAGAAAAAUUUACAGAAACAAGUAGGUAUAUGCCCUUACGAAAAAGAACUACUGGCAGUAAUAUAUUGCGGCA